AUGCAGAGCUAUGUAGCUGGACUUUUUGCGAAGGCUUAUAUACUAAGUGUUUGCUUAAGUAGCGUAUUAACUGUCUGUCCGUACGAUAGCAACUAUCCAUAUUCAGUAUUUCUUGACAGAGACCAUCACUUUGAUUUUUCAUGGCGGGUAAAUUAUAAGCGUGAAGUCAUGCAUUUCCGAGUAUGCGUGGACAAACUAAACACCACGUUGUUUGGCAUUGGUUUUUCAAAUUACGGAGAAAUGGAAAAUUCAGAUUUUGCAACAUACUGGACAGGUGCAACGGGAGUUCAUCACUUUCAGGACAUGUUCACAGACAAAAAUGGUAUUCCACAUGUUGAUAAAAAACAAGACUACAUGCUUGAAAGUGCACAGACGGACGGACAACAAGUUAUUCUCCAAUACUGGAGGAAGUUUGAUACAUGUGACAUGCACGACUACAUUUUGGACAGGGGAACCACACAUGUUAUAUAUUUUGCUUCUUCUCAGUCAAUGGAAUCAUUUCUCUCUGGUCUUGUAAAUACAAGCGACCUAUCCUCAGGCUUACAGAGAGUUCAAUUACUCAAACCGGAACUUAAUCUUACGCCAUUACCGGAAGACACGUGGACGUUUGAAGUGACAGCGCCGAACAUCUUGGUUCCUGCUAAAGAGACGACAUACUGGUGGUACACAGCAAAACUGCCUCCACUGAAGAAAAAACAUCAUAUCAUCAAGUAUGAAGGCAUCAUACAGGCUGGUCAUGAAAAUCUCGUGCACCAUAUGGAAGUGUUCCAUUGCGAAGUAGCAGCCAAUGAAAUCAUCCGUUUCUUUAAUGGGCCUGGCUUAGCUGAGGGAAAACCACCGGAGCUCGAGUCGUGCAGAAAAGUAAUUGGCGCAUGGGCAAUGGGUGCUUCGGCAAUGGUUCUCCCAGAAGAAGCAGGAUUUCCUUUAGGAGGCCCCAACUACUCACGAUAUGUGUUACUGGAAGUUCAUUAUAACAAUCCCGAUAUGGUAGCAGGUAUGGUAGAUGCAUCAGGUAUUCGUUUCUAUGUGACGUCAUCACUCCGACGCCAUGAUGCUGGAAUAAUGGAACUUGGUUUAGAGUACACAAAUAAAAUGGCGAUUCCGCCCCGCCAGGAAAUAUUUCCUUUAACGGGUUACUGUAUAGAAGAAUGCACAAAAGUGAGCUUGCCAGCGGAAGGAAUAUACAUCUAUGCGUCCCAGUUGCAUACACACCUUACGGGCCGUAGCGUGUACACAAAGCACGUGCGCAAUGGUGUCGAACUUCCAGAGUUAAAUAGAGACGACCAUUACAGUCCACACUUUCAGGAGAUUCGUAGACUUCCUGUUCCCGUUAGAAUCCUGCCAGGCGAUGCUCUUAUCACUACUUGUGAAGACAGGACGACUGAAAGGGACAAUGCCACAAUUGGAGGAUUUGCCAUUACGGAUGAGAUGUGCGUGAACUACGUGCACUAUUAUCCUGUAACAGACCUAGAAGUGUGCAAGAGUUCCGUGUCAACAAAAGCACUACAGAAAUUCUUCUCGUUUAUGAACAAGUGGGAUUUAGAUGAUACCAUGCCUAGUAAAGGAGAUCGUGCUAAUUACCAGUCAAUACGGUGGACACCUCUAACAACAACGCUGCUGAAGACGUUAUACAUGACGUCACCAAUAUCCAUGCAAUGUAACCAGUCAGACGGACACAGAUUUCCGGGCGUAUGGGAAGGUGUAGGUCUCACCAAAAUCAAAAAGCCUUUGUCGUUACCGACGAGACGUUGCAAGCAUAUAGCCAGCUGAUUCAUGACAAACCCGGAGAGAAGACGAAUCACAGAUGACAAUCCCAAGCUUGCUGCUACAUAUAAUGACUUUACAUUAUUUUCUAGCGAUAGCGCGUGUUUAUUUCGUGUUGUAAUAUCAGCUGAAUCUCGAGAGACUGGUUGAUGCCCGAUCCCGGUACCAAAGUAUCCCAAGGGUUUCUGCAGAUAUUACAUCACUACAUGGGCUAAUGUACCGGUAUCUACGCAUUAUUUUGUGGGGGAGAGGGGAGGUAAUUAUCAACAAGGCUUCAUAUUACUACCCUAAUGCGUAGAUACAUUUCAUUAAUAAAAUCAGCUUUAUUUCACAUUCAU